AUGAGCGAAAUCACCCACCCCACCAUUAAAGAUGGAUGGUUCUCUGAAAUCUCCGACAUGUGGCCGGGCCAGGCCAUGAACCUGCGGGUCAACCAGAUUCUUCACCAUGAGAAGUCCAAAUAUCAAGAUGUUUUGGUCUUUGAGAGCAGUGACCACGGCACGGUUUUGGUCUUGGAUAAUGUUAUUCAGUGCACCGAACGAGAUGAGUUUUCGUACCAGGAGAUGAUUACCCACCUCGCCAUGAAUUCCCACCCCAACCCCAAGAAAGUCCUUGUCAUCGGCGGAGGAGACGGUGGUGUUCUCCGGGAGAUUGUUAAGCAUGAUACCGUCGAGGAAGCUGUGCUCUGUGACAUCGAUGAGGCCGUCAUCCGAGUAUCCAAGAAAUACCUUCCCGGAAUGAGUGUUGGCUUCCAACACCCCAACGCUAAAGUUCACGUCCGUGACGGCUUUAAAUUCCUCGAGGAGCAGAAGAACCAGUUCGACGUUAUUAUCACCGAUAGCUCCGACCCCGAAGGACCAGCCGAGGUCUUGUUCCAGAAGCCAUACUUCGAGCUUCUACAUGGCGCUCUCCGUGAAGGAGGUGUCAUUAGUACUCAAGGUUCUGAAAACCAAUGGCUUCACCUCUCUAUGAUCACCGAACUGAAGAAGCUCAUGCGCGAGGUUUUUCCCGUUGUUGAGUACGCCUACACUACCAUCCCAACCUACCCAUCCGGCCAAAUCGGUUUCCUAGUCGCUUGCAAAGACUCGGAACGUAACGUUCGCGAGCCAGUUCGCACUUGGACUAGAGAAGAGGAGGAUAAGCUCUGCAGAUAUUACAACCAGGAAAUCCACCGGGCGAGCUUCAUUCUUCCCAACUUCGCCCGAAAGGCGCUCGAGUAG